ACAUGGAAAAAUAAAGAUAUGAUUUGGAUGAUCCAUACAAAUAUUUAUUUAUUUUCACAAUACACGUUAUUUAAGUCUAUCAGCUGACAGCCAAAAUAAGAGUAUGAGAGAGCCAAAUAUUGGAUUCCUUGGAGAUGCAACAAUAGUAAUACAAAAUGCAUUGAACACGUCACUCUUUCAUUAUCCAUAACCACAACAAUAAUAACCAAAUAAUAGCAAUUAACUCAUAACUAGAAUUUUGCCUGCCACAAAUUUUCUGAUUCCCACCGAAUAAAACAAUUAUUAUUAUUUGAAUCUAAAACCAAAUUAUUUUCUUUUUUUUCUGUCAUAUAAAUUGAAUUGAUUUUAACAUGGAUGACAAGCUUAGAGACAAUUUCUCACCACCAUCAUCAUUAUCGACAACUGAUACGUCGAUAAAUGAUUCAUUAAAUGUUGAUAUGCUUGAUGAUCAUAUCGACAAUCAUCGGGCACAUCGUCUUUCGAUUGAAUCAACGAAUAGUAAAUCAAAUAAACAAUUCUUGAAAUAUAUUUCAUUGGUGACAUUGACCAUACAAAAUGCAUCAUUGACAUUGUUCAUGAGAGCGGCAAAAACGCAAAAAGAAUCAUUCAUUUCAUCAACAGCAGUUAUUAUGGCUGAAUUGCUUAAAUUAUUAACAUGCAUUUUUAUGGUCUAUCGUGAUGAAGGAAAGUGCUUACGAAAAACUUUUGUCGUAAUCAAAAAGAUUGUAAUCAAUCAACCAAUGGAUACAUUAAAAGUUGCCGUUCCAGCAAUCGUAUAUUAUGUACAAAAUAAUCUGAUUUAUGUUGCCGCAACACAUUUGGAUCCAGCCACCAGUCAAGUUACGUAUCAAUUGAAAAUUCUAACUACCGCAUUGUUUUCAGUGUUUAUUCUGAACAAAAAAUUGGUCAUAUUUCAAUGGUUUUCAUUGAUAUUACUUUUUAUUGGUGUUGCAUGUGUUCAGCUUACACAAAGUAAACCAAUUAACCAAUCACAGAGUCCACAUAAGCAAAACAUUUUGAUCGGUUUUAUGGCCAUACUUACUGCAUGUGUAUUAUCUGGAUUUGCUGGCGUUUAUUUCGAAAAGAUAUUGAAAAACAGUUCGAAUAUAUCAUUAUGGAUCCGAAACAUUCAAUUGAGUGCCAUUGCAAUACCAUUUGGAUUGAUUCAAGUUUUCAUUACUGAUCUCGAAACGAUACGAGAAAGUGGUUUCUUUCAUGGCUAUACAAUACUAACUUGGACUGUGAUAUUUCUUAGCGCUCAAGGUGGCUUAUUGGUUGCCGUUGUCGUUAAAUAUGCUGACAAUAUUCUUAAAGGUUUUGCUACAUCCAUUUCGAUUAUCAUCUCAUGCAUUGUAUCGAUCUAUGUAUUUGAUUUUAUCGUUACGUUUCAAUUUUUAAUUGGUGCCUCAUUAGUAAUCAGUUCGGUAUUUUUAUAUAAUAAACCGGAUAUGAUUUCCAGCGAAUCAGCUAAUCGUAUGAUGAAAAUGUUUUCGGCAACUCGAAGAUAAACAAUUUAGAGUCAGUAUUUUUUUCUGCGAAAAAAAAUUAAUCAUAUUUGUCUUUUAUGUAAUUUGUAAUUUAUUCCAUUUCAAUCAAUCAAUAUAUUUACAACUGAAAAAAGGGAAAAAAAUUUUUUCCGAUGACAUUAAUUAAUAGAUCGAUUAUUUUGAAUAAAUAAAUUUGAUUUUCUUUUU